AUGAUUCCUUGGCUAUCAGCCGAAGAAUUAUUGAAAUAUAAUGCACACAAGAAGGUUGCCGUAACAGCAACUGUUGCGGGUGACCAGGAGUAUCAAAGAGAAUUAUUGAUAUUUCAGAAAGAAUAUCUUGACAAUUUCAUGGAUAAAGAAUAUUCACAAAUUUCAGAAUCUUAUGAAAAGCAAAUGGAUAAAUACAACGAAAAUAUAAAAACAACUAUUACUAGCAUAGUUCAAGAUUUAGAAUCAAAAAGUCUUACAUUCGUAACCGAUUCUCAAAUUGGAAUGAACAAUUUCGUUGAUUCCAUAGAAGCUGAUGUUAAAAAGACAGAAUCUAAGAUCAAAUCAGAAAUAACGUGUUUUAAGAAUGAAUUAUCAUUACUGACAAACGAAUUAACUGUACAGAUGGCUUCAUUCGCACAAGGCGUAGCUGAGGAUAUAAAGCAGAAAUGCUUCGAUAUCAAAGUCCGUCACCUUCAAGAAAUCGCAGAAAUUGACCAAAAUACUGACAAAAAGAUAAUGGAAGCUUCUGCAUAUAAAGAAAACCAAGAUGAGUCAAACCAACGUAAACAGUACGAAGCAAUGGUCGCAGAUUUAAGAUCAAAAUUUAAUUCAUACCCUAUGGAUAAAAAACAGAAAGAAGCCGUCAUAGAACUCCACAACAGACUAGAAAACAUGAAGGAAGAACUCAACAAGCUCAAAACUAAACUUUUUAACUCAAUGACGAUUGUAAGUUCAAAUAUCUUAGGAUUUAAGAAAAGAGCACACCACGCGAUAGAUGAUUAUAAAACAUCGAUAUUCGAAGCUACUGAAAAUGAGAAAAAAGCUUCAAUUGAAUUAAAUAAUUACGAUGUAAACACAAAUCGAGAAAUUGAAGAGCUAAAAUAUGCUCAAACACUUGCAGAAGAUGAUUUUCAAACAAUUUAUAACGAUUUGCAGGUUGAAAGGAAAGAAAACAAAGCAACUUACGAUGAUUCAGUUGAUCAAAUAACAAAAUUGGAUCAAACAGAUGCAGAAGUAAUAAAUUAUCUUGAAAAUCUCAAGACAAGCUUCAUUGAUGAUGAAAAAGAUACAAGAGAUGCAUUUAGUAAGCUUCAACAGUCAAUUUCAGAAAAAAUAGAGAGUUUGACAGAAAAACUAUCAACAAAUAAAGAAAAAUUUGCUGAUGAAAUAGAAAAACUUAAUUCUGACCAUGAAAAUUCAAAAGAAAAAUUUUCAACUGAGAAUGAUUUGAUUGAAUUUCAAAAUGAAUCCGAAAUAACAGCAGAAAACAAGGAUUUUGCAGAAAAGAAUGAAAAAUUACAGCCACUUCUGCUUGACUUUCGUGAAAGAUUUGCAAAAUAUCAAAAUUUAUCGGCGAUUAAACAAGAUCUCGAUAAUCAACUAAAUGAUGCUAAGACAUACUUUGAAAGACUACCUCCCGAAGAGCCAUAUGAUACAAAACCUUUCCAAGAAAUAUUUGAGAAAAAUAUUCAAGCGAACAAUGCUGAAGAAAACGACAUCGUUAUUUCCAAUGAUGCACAAAUCAAUGCAGUGCUAUCAGAUUAUCAGUUACAGAUGACAAAAAUCAAAAAUAAAUAUUUAGAAUUACAAGAAGAGGCGUUCAAAGAAAUCCAAGAGAAGUUUAAAGGAAUUCCUGAUUAUGCAACUAUUGAUCUUGAAACUCAGUUCGCUAACCUUGAAAAAGAGUUCAAAUCAAUAAUUAUUGGAGACACAACAGUUUUAGAAGCCAGAAAGAAGGAAUUACAAGAACUUCGUACACAAAAAAGCCAAGUUUCAAAUGCAAUUGCUAAUGAAAAAGCGUCAAUUAUAAGAAAUUUCAGAAAUGAGAUGAUAACUGAGGAUGAUCGCCAUCAAAAAGCCCUUUUGAACAACUUAGGAAUGGAUUAUAGCGAUGAUCAAAAGUUAAUUGAUAUGAGAUCAAGUUUUGAGAAAAGAAUGAAACCUCUUGAAGAAGAAGAACAGAAAUUAACUAAAGAGUGGGCAUCUUUGCAACCAAAGAAGUCUAGAGAUAGUUCUUGCCUUGUUGAUCUUACAACUGAUAACGAAAUUUUUGAAAUGACAGAAGAAAUGAAAAGAUUGAAGUUAGAAGGCGAUGAAAAGAUCUCACAGAAGAACUUAGAAGUUCAAUUAUCGAUAUCUAAUGCUAAAGAAGAGAAUGCAAAGCUAUUAAAACAAUUUGAAGAAGAUAAUCAAAAUGAAAUCAAUAAAUUAAAGGAGAAUAAAGUCAAGCGAGAACAAAGCAUUAAAUCUCUCCAAGAAAACUUGAGCAAGGCCGAUGACGUGGCCAGCCAACGCAUUGCUGUAUAUGUUAAAGAUUAUGAAUUGGCAAAAUCGAUGAUGAUUCAGCAAAAUGAAGAGAAAAAGAAAUCCAUCAAUGAUCUUAUUGCUGGAUUUAAGACAUCUACAUAUAAUUCGAGGUUAGAAUUUGAACAAAAAUUUUCAGAAGCUCACCACUCGUUAGAAGAAAACGCCUUCAAUUUUUCAACGCAACUUGAAAACAUGGCAUCGGAAUUCAGAUCAAAAAGAGAUGAUUUCGUUCAUAGAUUCGACAAUGAAAUUGAAAUGAGAAAGAAAAACAUAGAGAUAUUGAAAGAGAAGUAUAAGAACAGACCACUUGGACCAAAAGAAAAGGAGUCACUUGAUAAUUUAAGCCAAAAGAAGCAAUAUCUUGAAAAACUCUCUAAUUUAGAGAAGAAAACCUAUAAAAAGUAUGUAGUUUUAGGAACAACUCAAGAAUCUGAGUUUAAUGAAAGAUUUGGCAACACAUUGAAUGUCGGCCAAAUUGUUCAACCAAAUGUUAGGAAAAGGAGCAGCUUGGAGCUGAAGAAAUCUCCUGUAAGUAUUCCGCGGUAA